UCAGACAAUUCAUAUUCCAUAACGUCAGGUGGCGCUGUUCUAUAUCAUAUCGUUAGAGAAAUCCCAGUCCGUUCGCUUCUUCCAUCGUCACGGAUGUUAUGGCGGAUUACAACAAGCACAGCAGCAAGCGGCUCUCCGAUGAUGGAGCAGGACCGGAGGAGAAGGGAGGCAGUGUGAAAACUAAGACUGUCUCUUCCAGCACUGGAGGAGGGGGGAAACGCUCGGCCCAGGAGGUCAGCCCUGGCCCGGGGAAGGAGUCCACCUCGAGCCAUCCGGUACCCCCAGCCCCCAAAGUCUCCAAGAUAGGGUUUGGUCUGAUCAGCCAGCCUAUAAAGAAGCCUGCGCCCAUCUCCAUUAAGCUGGGUGCUAGUAAACCCAAAGAGCCUGUACCGGUACCUGCCAAGAAACCAGCGCUGGCCUCGGUUUUCAAUGUUGACUCUGAUGAUAGUGAUGAAGAGAUGCCUGCAGAAGCCAAGAUGAGGAUGAAGAACAUUGGCAGGGAGACGCCCACGUCAGCAGGCCCCAACUCCUUCAACAAGGGGAAGCAGGGAUUCUCCGACCACCAGAAGCUCUGGGAGAGGAAGCUCAAGUCACAGACGGACACUGACCAAUAGGGCUCCACCUUAUUGGUUAUUAGUCACAGUAGGACCAGCAGGGCUCGACCUUACUGGGUUGCUAUGACAACAGUCAAACUGCACACCAUGUUUGCGUUUGUGUGGAAUGAUGUCACCUUGAUUGAGUUUUUUUUUUUUUCAUUUGUCUAUUGACGAUGGUGUAAAAAAAUGUACAUACCGCAAUGUAAUGAUGGCGAGACAUUCGGGCUAUCAAGCAUAUUUUUUCUUUUGUUUUAAACGUAUAGUUUGUGUGUGUGUGUGUGUGUGUGUGUUUUUAUAUAGUGGACCGGAGUGGGUGUAGGUAAGAGCAAUUAGGACACAUUUUGGGAAAGGGAACUUCAAGACAACUAAAUAAUAGUUUGUGUCUCAUCUAGGAAUAUCACUUUAUAACUGUCCUAACUGGGUUUUCAACCCUUGCCUUUCCCUCAUUUAUGCACCGUCUGUAAUACCUUUACGGAGUGAUCAGACAGGAACCAUUUCUCCUGUGCCUGGGGUUGACAUGUAUUAAUAUUAAUAUUAGGACAAUAAACUUACAUUCAAUUCUGAAA